CGGAGUCGGGGGCGCGGGAGCCGCGGCGCGGGGCUGGGGGCGGGCGGGGGGCGCCGACUCGGACUCGAGCCACCCGGCGCGGCUGAGGGCCGUCCACGUGCGUCCGCGCCACGUCGCGGGCGAUCUCGCCGCAGGGUCCCUUGGAAGAGCGGUCCCAGGCGCCCCGAGCGAGCCCCUAACUUGGGGCCAAGUUUGUCAGCGCCUCUCCCCGCCCCCACGCGGCGCUCCAGGGCCGCGGCGGUCCCCGGGGAUGCCCKCCCCGGGUCGCCGUGAUGUCCCCACGAAGCUACCCGCGCAGCUGCUGCUGCUGCUGCUGCCACUACUGCUGCUGCUGGGGUCGCCGCGCGACGUUGGCGCGGGGGUGGGCGCUCCGGCCGAGCUGCGGGUCCGCGUGCGGCUGCCCGACGGCCAGGUGACCGAGGAAAGCCUACAAGCGGACAGCGACGCCGACAGCAUCAGCCUGGAGCUGCGCAAGCCGGAUGGCACCCUCGUCUCCUUCACUGCUGACUUCAAGAAGGAUGUGAAGAUCUUCCGGGCCCUGAUCCUGGGGGAGCUGGAAAAGGGGCAGAGUCAAUUCCAGGCCCUCUGUUUUGUCACCCGACUGCACCACAAUGAGAUCAUCCCCAGUGAGGCCAUGGCCAAGCUACGGCAGAAAAACCCACGGGCAGUGAGGCAGGCUGAGGAGAUGCGGGGCCUGGAACAGCUGCACAUGGACAUCGCCGUGAACUUCAGCCAGGGCGGCCUGCUGAGUCCCCAUCUUCACAACGUAUGCGCUGAGGCCGCAGAUGCCAUUUACACCCGCCAGGAGGAUGUCCGGUUCUGGCUGGAACAAGGUGUGGACAGCUCUGUCUUCGAGGCUCUACCCAAGGCAUCUGAGCAGAUGGAACUGCCUCGCUGCAGGCAGGUGGGGGACCGUGGGAAGCCCUGCACCUGCCGCUAUGGCCUGAGCCUGGCCUGGUACCCCUGCAUGCUCAAGUACUGCCACAGCCGUGAGCGGCCCGCRCCCUACAAGUGUGGCAUCCGAAGCUGCCAGAAGAACUAUAACUUUGACUUCUAUGUGCCCCAGAGGCAACUGUGUCUGUGGGAUGAGGACCCCUAGCAGGGCUGCUCUGGGCCCUGCCACCAGAGGAGGUGGCCACCCUACCUAAGGCCUUAAGUUCCCUUCCCCCACUCUGGCCCUGAAGCCUUGGCCUGCCUUCCUCUUGCAUGACUGUGAACGGGGUGGGACAGCAGGGUCAUUCAUGAAGGCAGCCCCCUCCCACCCUGUGCCUUCCUUGGGGGCAGGGAGAGACAAAGCUAGUUCUCCACACUUGCCCCCUUCCCCUCCUCAUCUCCCCUGAAGUGUUCACUUUCAAGCAACCAAAAUGUGACAGCCUAGAAUUCAGCUCUUCAAAGGUUUAGAUCCUAAAAGGAGUCUCUGCCUAUUAACCCAUCUCCCCACUCAUGACUAGAAGGAGCUGGCCUUGCCACACCUUCCUAUUCCCCACCAAUGAAAGGAUCUGCACCUCCAAAGAGGUGCUCUUGGGGACCCAUGUCACAGCCCCUAUGCCAGAUCCCAUGCAUUCUUCUUUCUCACAAGGCCAGGCCGGGUGUGGGGCUGAGCAGACGCCUACCACCCCUGACACUGACCACACGUGCCUUUCCCCAGACCUGGACUUUGCCCCUGGAGUGGGCACCCCCUCUUCCUCCCUCUAAACAGAAAUAUUUUUGUAAGGUUCUGGAGCAGGGAGGGAGUAUGAAGUACAAGGAAAAYUUGAAUUCCAGAUUUUUAAUACAAAGUAUUUAUCAUUUGUACCAUAAAUAAAAGUUUUAAAUUUUUACUUGACACACUAGACCCAGAGAUCAAAGAGAAAUUUUAUCCACUACUGCCACCUGGUGUCAGAAGUGUCCUCCUAUAUGAUCAGUGACCCAUUUGGGGACAGCACCUUCUAAAGUACCCACUGUGUGCUUUAUCACUUGGGAAAGGGGUAGGUGUGAGGGAGGGUGGUAUCAGGGAAGGAUAGAAUAAAACUUGUGCACUCAAGAGAUUGAGAGAUAAGGGGUUGAGGUCUGGCUUAGUAGUAAUACAUUUGCCUAGUAUGUGCCAAGCCCUAAGUUCCACCCCCAGCAUUGGGAAGAAAAAAAAAAAUGAGACUUUGAAACAAGCCAUCCAGCAUUCAAAUUAAGGGAACCAACCUAAGUGCUCUUCAACAGAUGAAGAGAUGUCCCCAAAUGGRUAGAAACUACAAGACCUGACUGCUCUCUGCAGUUACUACACAAGGCCUUGCUACAUAUUUGCUGUGCAAUCUUGGGUCAAGUUACUUUACUGUCUGUGCCUCAGUUAUAACAUAAUCCUAAUUUGUAAGAUUUAAAGUGACUUCAUACACGUCAAGUGCCUAUCACUCAGUGAGUGUCCUUAGCCUUUGUUAUUAAUAUGGCUACCAUUGGUGAAAAGAUCAGACAUUGCCUCAUCCAUGAACCUGAGACCACCAAAGCAGACAUGGAAGGCUCUUCACUUCCCCAGCAUCUUCCAGAUAAAAAGGCUGCCACCGGAAGUGCUGGGCCGGUGCUAGCAGCCAGAAGGAGGGAUGUAUAGGCUGUGUUGAGAGGAGAAGGCUUCUUGGAAGAGAAUGGGUAUAGGUUGAGGCUGAAAGAUGACAACAGUUUGGCCAAGUUGAGGCAAGAGGGUUUCAUUGGUCCUGCAGGGGACCCAGCUCCUUAGGAGGGAGCAUGUAGGGUACCCAUCCUUCCUUCAARGUCUUGGGGGGGAAGCGGGGUUCGUGGAGCUUUCCCCUCUACCUGCUCCUGCGUCUCUAGAACAGGCUGUGUGCAGAAGAGUGUUGCUGUGGGGGCCAAGCUGUCCUGGCUGUGGUCAGGCGGAGUGUCCAUGGAGGUAGCCUUGGGGGGACAUGCCGCCUUCUAAGCAUUCAAGGACCUGCUGCAACCUCCCCAGGGRUUGAAGGAGGGAGGUGCACACUGCAUUUUUUCCCUUCCUUCUUCUGCCCAACCUGAGACCUCAGUCCUGAGCCCCAACCAUGCUCAAGGUAGAAGAGGAGAUACUUGAGAAGGCCCAUUCCACCCUGUGUGUAGAGCCUGCAGGAUAUACACCUUCAAAACACCUUUUUAUUUUUUUAAAUUGUUUUCAAGAUU